CCUUCUGAGUUGAUCUGCAGCUGGGUUCUAAAUAAGCAGCCAUGAGGCUUCUUGGAGCAGUAUCUCUACCAGCUGGGGACCGUCAGGACCGCACCUUCGCCUAGGGUGCAUCCAGGAGUCAGUGUCCUGCCUGCACUCAUGAUGACAAGGGACCUGGCUUUGGCAGGCAUGCUGAUUAGCCUGGCUUUCCUGUCACUGCUGCCAUCUGGAUGUCCUCAGCAGACCACAGAGGACGCCUGCUCUGUGCAGAUUCUUGUCCCCGGCCUCAAAGGGGAUGCAGGAGAAAAGGGAGACAAAGGAGCCCCAGGACGGCCAGGAAGAGUUGGCCCCACAGGAGAAAAAGGAGACAUGGGGGACAAAGGACAGAAAGGCACCGUGGGCCGCCAUGGAAAAAUUGGUCCCAUUGGCGCUAAAGGUGAAAAAGGCGACUCUGGUGACAUUGGACCCCCUGGUCCCAGUGGAGAGCCUGGCAUUCCAUGUGAGUGCAGCCAGCUGCGGAAAGCUAUUGGCGAGAUGGACAAUCUGGUCACUCAGCUGACCACUGAGCUGAAAUUCAUAAAAAACGCGGUUGCUGGCGUGCGUGAGACUGAGAGCAAGAUCUACCUGCUGGUGAAGGAGGAGAAGCGGUAUGCCGACGCCCAGCUGUCCUGCCAAGGCCGGGGAGGCACGCUGAGCAUGCCCAAGGACGAGGCGGCCAACGGCCUGAUGGCAUCCUACCUGGCACAGGCCGGCCUGGCCCGCGUCUUCAUAGGCAUCAACGACCUGGAGAAAGAAGGGGCCUUCGUGUACUCUGACCGCUCCCCCAUGCAGACUUUUAAUAAAUGGCGUAGCGGAGAGCCCAACAACGCCUAUGACGAGGAGGACUGUGUAGAGAUGGUGGCCUCAGGGGGCUGGAACGAUGUGGCCUGCCACAUUACCAUGUACUUCAUGUGUGAGUUUGACAAGGAAAACUUGUGAGUUCACGGCGGGCUGUAGCUCAGGGGAGACCACGCCAUCUGAACCCUGUCCUUCAUAAGCAAACACUCAGCCUUCCAGACACCAGUGGCCACAAGCUACCCCUGAGCCUCAGUCACCGCAUCUGCCAUAAGGAAGUUCAGAGCCUCAUUGACAGAAGGGCUGUUUGAACCGUAGGAGGGGCGAACCCUUGGUUCCCAGUGCUGGUCUGCGUAGGUGAAGUUUUACCACCGUGUCCGAGCCGAGACGCCCAUUAUAGAGUUACCACUCGGAGGGAUGCAGUGACACCCUUGUCUUGGUCCAGCCACAAAACACUGCAAAUGUCGAAGCAGUCAUGUGCAAACGGUGGCCGUGGCGGGCAGGGGUUGCCACCCAUCCUUUAAGCUACAGAGAAAGCACCACUCGGUGGGGACCGAUGUUUCUAUAAGUUACUCUAACACUUAGGUUCCUUUUCACUGUCACCCAUAUAGGAACACAGCUGCUCUGCUUCAAACCCAUACUUCGGGGACACAAAUAAAUCCUCUGGAUUUUGCUAUGGAA